AUUCUCUUUCAAUUACCAUUCCUCCCUGAAUCUCUUGAGGAUAUAUCGAAUAAUAUAUCUCAAGAGUUUCAACAAUGGAAUGGCGUCCAUUUGAUAUCACGGUGCUCUCUGCCGACUGCAUUAAAAAUGUCAAUCUUUUUUAUCCUAUGGAUGUCUAUGUAGAAGUGUCCAUCUUUGGCUACGCCAAAAACAAGAAAAAGACAUUUGUAGACAAAAAAGGUGGCACUAGCCCCAGGUGGAAUUACCCCAUGAAAUUUACCUUGGAUGAGCCUUCCCUUACUAAGCCUGAUCUUUCCCUUUUCUUUCGCCUUAGAUCUAAUCGUUUUUUUGGUGAUAAGGAUAUCGGCAUUGUCACUAUUCCAAUCCAAGAACUCUUUACAGAUUCCACCUCAAACGAUGAAGGCAGCGCUGAGAGGAUUGUUGAAUAUCAGGUCUUCACUUCUGGGACUAGGAAACCUAAAGGUACCCUAAAGUUCGCGUACAAGUUUGGAAAAAAAUUUGCUCACAACCAACAUAUCAAUGGUUAUCCUGCAUUACCAGCUGGGACUCACCAUGUCAACCACCAACCUGUCACUGGCUAUCCACAAACUCAUAUGCCACCUGUUUGGUGUGGUACGUCAUCAACUGGAAUGACAUACCAGCAACAUCAUCCAGGAGGAUAUCCUUCCCCUGGAUAUGGUGGAUACCCGGCCGCAAUGCCACCGCCCGGGUAUCCACCUGCUGGAUAUGAUCAAUAUCCACCUCCACCAGGGUAUGGAUAUAAUCCUCCAAUGCAGCAGCAAGUCCAACAACCAAAUAAUAAUAAGGGUAACAAGUUUGGAGCGAUGGGAGUAGGGCUGGGUUUGGGUGCAGGGCUGGUGGGUGGUGCGCUGGUCGGACAUGCGAUUUCAGAUGCAAUGGACGAUGAUUAAACGAGUCUCUAUAUUUUGGUUUUUUUAUUUUUGGGGAUAAUUCAUAAUGGUGUAAGGUAUAUGUCUUCUCCGGUUUCUUGAGAUUUUGUUUCAUCUGAAUCUAGUAUAAAAGAGGUAUAAACAAAAGGAUUAUGUAUUGCCAUUUCUUUUGUAUCAUGUGGAUAUUAAUUAGCAUUCUUUUUAGUCUUCAA